CACUGCUGCUGCUCCUGCUGGUUCCGUACUUCGGCCGGCGCAGGUCGACGGAUGCGCUGCGUGCAAAAGUACGGACACAUUGCCGUGAACGAUCCGAUCAGCCGCACUGGCAACAGCCCUUUGAGAUAAUCGACACUCCAACUGAACGCUCCGUAUCCGGGUUCGCCGAAGGCAUUCUUUCGCGCCAGCUCAAGAGUUUCGUGUAGUUGCCGGCCCCACCAUGAUCAACACCGGAAAGCUAGCAGGGAGGACGCUGUUCAUUACUGGUGCCAGCCGAGGGAUCGGCAAGGAGAUUGCCCUGAAGGCUGCAAAGGAUGGUGCCAACGUGGUUAUUGCUGCCAAGACGGCUGAACCCAACCCCAAGCUGCCAGGCACCAUCUAUACAGCUGCUGAGGAAGUGGAAGCUGCAGGAGGCAAAUGCCUGCCGUGUGUCCUUGAUGUCCGUGACGAAGAGCAAGUCAAGCGGGCUGUGGGUGAUGCCGUUUCCAAGUUUGGCGGCAUUGACAUCCUGGUCAAUAAUGCGAGUGCCAUCAGCCUGACGCAGACGCAGAACACGGAGAUGAAGCGCUACGACCUGAUGCACUCUGUGAACGUCCGCGGCACAUUCCUCACCUCCAAGUACUGCAUUCCCCACCUGAAGAAGUCCAGCAAUCCGCACAUUCUCAUGCUCAGCCCACCGCUCAUCAUGAAACCAUUCUGGUUUCAGAACCACCUAGCCUACACCAUGUCCAAGUAUGGAAUGUCCAUGUGCGUUUUGGGCUUGUCUGAGGAACUACGACUAGAUGGCAUCGCCGUCAAUGCUCUUUGGCCAAAGACAGCCAUCCACACCGCAGCCAUUGAGAUGCUCAUGGGUGCCGAGCAUGGCCUGAGCACAAGCCGCAAGCCGGCCAUCAUGGCUGAUGCUGCGUAUGCCAUCCUGACCAAGCCGAGCCAGUCUUUCACUGGCAACUUUUGCAUUGACGAACGACUGCUGCGUGAGGAAGGCGUCAAGGACUUCGAGCAGUAUUCAUGCGUGCCUGGCUCCAAGCUGCAGCCAGACUUCUUCAUUCCGGACGAUGUACUUGCCGAGUUUGACCAGCAGCAGAUGUCGUCAUUGGGUAUCGGCACCAGUGCAGCACCACCACCGUCAGUAUCAGCUGCUUCUUCCGGUAGCCCCACCGCUGAUGGGGUCGAUGGUAUCGUACAGAAGAUUAGCCAGAAGCUGAACCCUGAACUUGUCACUCAGACGGGAGGACUGUUUCUCUUCCAAGUCAAAGGUGGUGAUGACUUCUUCGUGGAUCUCCGAACGGGAGAGGGCAGCGUGGGCAAAGGCCAGCCCUCGGAAGGCAACUCACCCGACGUCGUCUUCACCAUGGACACUGACAGCCUGCUCAAGAUGUUUGCGGGCAGCCUGAAGCCAACAGCAGCCUUCAUGAGUGGCAAGAUGAAGAUCAAGGGAGAUAUGGGAAAGGCCAUGAAGCUUGAAAAGCUGAUGGGCAGCCUCAGGGCCAAGCUCUAGAGACCAAGCAGGUUCCUCUUCCGUUUGGCACCAGUAUCAACACGUUCGCCACCUUUGAUCCACGCAGCCAUGCGGAGAAAAAAUGACCAAGGCUAGACACAGACAGUGCCACCCGUCUCUGGAAGGUCACAGGAGAAGUAGAUUUUUCAGCCAACUCGGCAUGGAGACCGGGCUAACGUCUGCUGGAUCAAAUGUUGAAUGUGUUCUCACGUUUGCGAAACUUCUGCACAUUGUGCAUUUACAGCAACCUUGAGAGACGUGGUGAGAAGCUGCAACUACGUGCAAUGGUUUGGGCUACGUCUUGAGUGUACGAGGGUGGGAGCUUUCUGAUCAACUUAUCUUGUGCCGAGGGUCUACUUCACUAGGAAAGUAGAUGACAUAGAAGCCUUAUAUAACAGCGAACUCUGUGAAUGUUGUGCUUUACCAAUGAGAUUUGAUUUCGCUUUCCGGUUUGGGUUCUUCAGAUAUUUCAACGAUCCUGCAAGUGGUUAUAUCCAAGUUGUCGGUUGGUGUGGUGCGAAGUUGUUGAACGAAAUAGUAGUUAAUUUGCGUGACUGAGCAACUGUCAGGAAUGAAUUCCGUUGCGUGUAACUUAGAAAUGUUGACUUUGCUCAAUAGGCUGCACAUUCCAUCUGCUCUCCACUAAUGGAAUGCAUUAAUUCUAGUACUCUCUAUUGAAAGAUAAAUCGCAGUUUGUUAGAAAAUAAAUUGCAUUAUUCAAGGCCUGCAUUUUCAUUUGCUUGUUUCAUGCAAUUGAACUGUUUCACAGCGUCUUUUUACCUGAGAGCACUAGAUUACUUUACACAUGGAACAUUAUGGUGGUUUUCUACUCUUGCUGCUGUGCAGCUUGUACUAUGCAUCGCUUACAAGUGUCAGUUGUUCCUGGCAUUAAAGCUGUUAGUGUACUCGACACAUUCAUGUGCCUUACUAGAGCUGUUGAUAUGCCUUUUAGAAUUGUUCUGCUGUGCAACAAGGAAUUAUUCUAUGGCUUGCAUAACAUCUUGUUGAUGAUUGCUAACGAUGUUUGAUAAACUUGGGUGUCUUACAGUGAUGACGAAUGAUUGUUAGUAUAAUAACACAUGCACGUGAUAUGCUAGUGAACAUUGAAAGCCAUUAAGGCAUGGCCACACUAGUGCAUAAAUAUGCACAGAUAGUUGCUUGCAUGAAAAGGUAACAGUGGAGGCAUGACUGCACAUUGGCCAUCUGCCGAUCCACUCAAGUAGUCACAUGGUAAGGUUUGUAUUUAAUGCACUCUCCACGGCGACCAGUGACGAUUCCAGGAGGGUUGAGAGAGAGCAAUAUCUUUGUGUGCCAAUCGCCCAUGUGACCAAAGAAAAUGCUUUCCAUUGGCCUCACCAUCUGGCUAUCUGCAGCAUGUUGUCAACCAUGCUCCCGAGAGUGAUUUGUCAUGUGGAGCAGAACAUUUGCUUCUCAGCAUUUAUGACGUGUGCCACGAUCAUGUGCUGCGCAUAUUUUCUCGCAGAUGCGGCUAUACCUUCACAGGUGGCUUAUCCCAAGUUUUGUAGCUUACAGCGACAGUUUUGUUCACUUGUGUAAUGCAUGCAAACAAAAAAACACACCAUUAGUUGAUGCACAUGGUUCUUCAAGGAAUAAAUCGUGUAUGAAAGACACAGUAGUGACUGCCAUUGUUAGUGCGUGCUUAUACUUUUUUUUAAACUUUUUAUUGCCUUUGUUACCAUUGUUGCUGGGUUGUUUUUUUUGCUUGUACGUUUAGCUAAUUUUUUUAAGUGCUUGUUUUCUCCUUGUGUAAUAAUUGCAUAGUCUACCAACUCCAACUCCUUAAAAAUGACAAUUCUUGAUAUGUUGCAGUAUGCUUAAGAUAAAUGAUGUCAAACUCUA